CACCCUGCAGUCACCAGUUCUGCCGGGCUCCAGGUGCCUCCCCAUCUUGACAUGGCGCUGGCCUGGGCCCUUGCAGUCCUGAGCCUCCUUCCUCUGCUUGAUGCCCAGAGCCCGGAGUGCACCAAAUUCACAACCGUGCCUAUCACCAAUGCCACCCUGGACCAGCUCGCCGGCAAGUGGUUUUAUAUUGCCUCGGCCUUCCGCUUCGUAGAGUUUCGGGAGUCAGCUAAAGAGAUCCAAGCGACCUUCUUUCACCUUCUCCCCAACCACACGGAGGAUGUGGUACUGGUCAGAGAGUACAUGACCAUUGGGGGCAAGUGUGUCUAUAACUCCAGCUACCUGGAGGUCCAGCGGGAAAAUGGGACCUUGUCCAAACAUGAGUCUGGCAAGGUAUACACUGGCUACCUGCAGCUCACCAAGGAUCCCGGGACCUUCAUGCUUGCCUUCUUCCCGGAAGAUGAGCCGAACAUGGGCCUGUCCUUCUACAGUAGGCAACCCUCAAGCUCUCCACCCCAUCCAGGCCUCAUCCCGGGACCAACAUCUGCUACUGCUGACAAGCCGGAGGCAACCCCAGAGCAACUGAGAGCGUUCCAGGAGGCCAUCGUGUGCAUGGGCAUGAGCAAGUCGGAAAUCAUGUAUACUGAUGAGAAAAAGGAUGUGUGUGGGCCGUUGGAGAAGCAGCAUGAAGAGGAAAGAAAGAAGGAAGAUGUGGGGUCCUAGGAGGACACAGCAUUGGGUCAGGACCUCAGGGACUUUGGGGGCCCAUCCUCAGGAGCCCUCCACCCCAGCCGUUGUCAAUAAAGCUUCUACAUUUGGAA